AUGGAACUGAAACAAAACUUGAUAGAGUACCCGGCAAUCGCCUGGGCUGAUGUGCAUAACAAAUAUCAGUCGAAAAUAAGAGUCGAAGACGAUAAGAUUUUGAGGGCCGCUUCUGUGUCCUGGCAUUCUGGUAAAGGAACUGAUCGUACAAGGAGAGCGGUGGAUCAAGAUUCCAGAUCGUCCUAUGACAGGUACCAGCCGUAUUCGCUCGAUCGAAGAGGAAAUGGCCAUAACACUGAAUCGGGCAAAAUUGAUACGAGAAAUGACCGAAGGAGCGAUCGAGGUCCAAACCGUGGGUUGGUAAACAAAAAUGUUGUCGAAAGAAUUUCGGGGAACAGAGAGAUUCCAAGGUUAUCCGAGUACAACUUUUGCGUCGAUGUAGCAACUUUAGCGGCGGCCGUUAGCCGAAACAAAGAAACAAGGCAUCCGAGGCCCAUCCAAUCUGACCCGGAGAAGCGGGACAAAAGCCUUAUUUGCAAGUAUCAUCAUACUCACGGCCACCGGACCGAAGAUUGUCGGCAGCUGAGGGAGGAGGUGGCCCGUCUGUUCAAUUUGGGGCAUCUUCGAGAAUUCUUGAGUGAACGAGCGAAAACUCAUUUUAAAAACCUGGAUUCCAACAAGCUUGAUAGACCGGAAGAGCCUCAUCAGGUGAUACAUGAUUAUGGGUGGAACCGACGUGCCCACGGACCAGUGAUGAAGCGCACGAAGAUCUCCAUAACGAGAGAAAAGCAUGUUCGAAGCGAUGAUCCCGAUGGUGCCAUCACGUUCGAUGACGAGGACAUGGAAGGCAUUGCCCAACCACAUAAUGACGCACUGGUAAUCUCUAUCCUUGUCAAUAAUGUUAGAAUUAAACGUGUGCUGAUUGAUCCAGGUAGCUCGGCUAAUAUCAUCCGAUGGAGAGUCAUCGAACAGCUGGGGCUACUAGAUCAGAUCGUGCCUGCCAUACGAGUCCUCAAUGGAUUCAACAUGGCAUGCGAAACGACCAAAGGCGAGAUCACUCUACCAAUCAGCAUGGCAGGAAUUACGCAGCAGACGAAAUUUUAUGUGACAGAAGGUGAUAUGGGAUAUAAUGCACUGCUGGGCAGACCGUGGAUUCAUCUCGUAAGAGCAGUCCCUUCGACUAUGCAUCAGAUGUUGAAAUUUCUGACCCCAUAA